CACAAUUCAGUUCCAAUCAAGUGUACUACAUAAUCACAUCUACAACUCAAUCAUCCCACCACCGCAGCGAUCUGCAAUGGCGCCACAGACACACACCGCCGCCGUCCUCGUGGACAAGGAUACUCACAGCUUCACCUUCGAGCAGCGUGCCACGCCCACGCCUGGCCCCAACGACAUCCUCAUCGAAGUGCAUGCCCUCGCGCUGAACCCCAUCGACUACAUGCAGCGCGACCGGGGCUUCCCAGCCAUCGACUACCCGUCAAUCGUCGGCUCAGAUAUCGGCGGCAUCGUCGUCGCAGUGGGCUCCGCGGUGCCGUCCAGCUACCCGCAGCCCGGCACGCGCGUCACAGCCUUCGCACCGAGCUUCUACGAAAAGGGCAAGCCAGACUACGGCGCGUUCCAGAAGUAUGCAUGUGUGUGGAAGGAGAUGGUGACUGCCAUCCCGGAAAACAUGGGACUUGUGGAGGCAAGCACGCUGGGAAUGGCGACCUACACGGCUAUGAACGGGAUCUACACGGCUGGGCUGCCGCUGGAUGGAAGAUAUACGGCGACGGACAAGAAGGCGCUGCUAAUCUGGGGCGGUUCGGCGAGUGUGGGCGCGUCGAUGGUGCAGGUUGCGCGGAUCAUGGGCAUCACGACGUAUGUGACUGCGAGUGCGAAGAACCAUGGGUUCUUGAAGACGCUGGGUGCGAGCCGGCUGUUUGACUACAAGGACGCGGAUGUGGUGCAGCAGAUUGUCGCUGCGGCGAGCGAGGAUGGGCUGGUGCUGAAGCAUGCGUAUGAUGCUGCUGGUGGCACCAGGCAGAUCUUGGAUGUGCUGAAGGAGUUCAAGGAUGGGCAGGAGCCGGUGCUGGCGUCGGCGCCGGCGUCCAUCUUUAAGCCAGAUUCGCCGCGAGAGCCUGGUGUCGCUGUCAAGUUUGUGAAGUGUCCUGACGAGCCGACGGAACGAAGCAAGCACUUUGACUAUAUUGGACAGAUAUGGCUGAAGGAGAAGCUGGCGAGUGGGGAGUAUGGAGUGGGAUCGAAGGUGGAGUUGGUCGAAGGAGGAUUUGAAAGUCUGGACAAGGCGCUCGAUACGCUGAGGGCUGGUGUAUCGGGGACGAAGCUGGUGAUUCAAGUCUGAUUGUCAUGUAAGCGGUAGAUUACGGAGUAUGUCGAUGUAUGAUGUUUCUCAAUAGAU